ACGCUGUGUGGCUCGGAGCCCUGAUCAGAUGGUAUUUACUAUUCUGAGCUGUGUUUCCGUGGGAGACUUGGACGGGCUGAGGGAACGUCCGUGUUCUAGGGCCCCUGUCUUCCUGCAUGCUGUUUUGAGAGUCCUCUGAGCAGAAGGGUCAGGCAGGGGGCCCUGGGAAGGAGAGGUCCAGGAUAGGCUGGGAGCUUCCCCAUCAGGCCCAAGCUUCCCCAUCAGACUGGUGGGGGGGAGGGAGGUGGGCUGGGCUGGCUUCCCUCCCCCACCUCUGCCUCUACCACCCCUCCACCUCUCCCGCUCUCUCAGUCUCCACGGAUUUCCUAGGAACCGGCCUCUUCCCCUUGGAUACUCAGCCCAGAGUAAAGCUGUGACAGUUUUUGUAAGUCCUGCUUAGAGAUGUGUCGCUGUCCGUUUCCCUCUGUGCUAUCCAAGGAGGCUGCACAAGCCGCGUUUGUUCAAGGCCUGUGCUGAGGCCCCUGCUCCGAGCAGCUGGAACCUGGGUUUAUGAAAUUACAGGGAAUUCAAAGCAGCCGGCGUCGCCCGCUGUCUGGCUUUAUUACUGGGACCAGCCUGGGAGGGAAGUUUAUUCCGAUAAUUUAGAGGAUUAGGAUCUGACACCCUUCAUUAGCAAUUUGACAGAGGCAGAAAAGACAGAGCUUGCAGAAUGGCCUAACCAUGGGGAGGAAUCAGCGUGCUGGGCAGGGAGGAGCCACACCACCCAGCCAGCCAAAGGAAGGGGGUGGGGUGGGGGCCUGUGCUGGCUUUUACAGCCAAAUUAGAGGGCGAACCAUGUUCCCAAGGGGGAAGCAGACCUGGGGUAAGUUCAGACCUGGGCCUUGAGCCUGGGUUUCCCCAUCUGUAAGAUGAGGUCAUUGAGAAGCCUUUAAAAUCCCUCCCUGCUCCAAAGCGUGUGGUGCCUGCCCCGUUUUCUAUCCCUGGGACACAGCGACUGGGUUACUGCUCCUCAAAUCCUAUGCGGUCUGGCCUUGAGAAAGCACCUCUCUCUUCCAGGGCUCUGUCCACCCUCACGGCCUACAUCCCCAGAUUCCAGUGACCAACACAGAAACGCUCAGCCUGCUGGUGACUCUGGGCAUUUUAGAUACAAACCAUUUCCUCCCGCCAGGCAGGAAGGAGUGCGCCCCCUGGCCCCUGGCAGCUCCUGGCUCCAUUCCCAGCCCCUCCACAAAUAUUGCCCAUGAUAUUUCAAGAGUUUCUCAUCCUGUCUGUAAAAGGCAGAGUUGCUGUGCCCUGGCCGCGGUUCUGCGAGAUGGAGGGGGAGGGCUGGUUCCAAAGGCCCCUGCCCAUACCCACUGGGCUGAUAUCCCUGCUUCCUGUGUUGAUGGUGGGCUCCCAGCUGCGCGGCACAGGGGCGUUGCUUGGCCUCUCUGUGCAUCCUUUCCUUAAAUCAAAAUGGAAGGAGAGUUGGUGUGAGGAUGAAGUGCGACGAUGCCUAGGGAACCGGCAGGUAGUAAGAGCCAAGGUGUGCCCACGCAGGUAUUCCUGCUCCUGCUUGCUGCGCGGGACCGGCCAGCCGCUUGCCCUCUCCGACCACGAACCUCCUCUGUGAAGUGGGCGGAUGGCAACGAUGCCCGCAAGAUGCGGGCACGUGGGAAGAGGUCCCUGAACUGCGGCCACCGUGGGCAUUGGCCAGGGCAGCCCGACGGCAGCGUGGUCCCAGGCUCAGUGGCCGCGCAGAUUUUCCUGGAGCUGACCAGUGUGUCCACGGAGGAUCAGGAAUGAGAUUCGUCCCGCAGCGGGGAGAGCCGGAGCAUAGCUGGAGUGUGAGACCUAUGAGAAAUGCUGCCCCAAUGUGUGCGGGACCAAGAGCUGUGUGGCAGCACGCUACAUGGACGUGAAAGGGAAGAAGGGCCCCGUGGGCAUGCCCAAGGAGGCCACGUGCGACCACUUCAUGUGUCUGCAGCAGGGCUCCGAGUGUGACAUCUGGGACGGCCAGCCUGUGUGUAAAUGUAAAGAUCGCUGCGAGAAGGAGCCCAGCUUCACCUGCGCCUCGGAUGGCCUCACCUACUACAAUCGCUGCUACAUGGACGCCGAGGCCUGCUCCAAGGGUAUCCGGCUGGCCGUCGUCACUUGCCGCUAUCACUUCACCUGGCCCAACACCAGCCCCCCUCCCCCUGAGACCACCGCGCGUCCCACCACGGCCUCCCCGGAGACCCCUGGGCUGGACUUGGCAGCCCCAGCCCUGCUCAACCACCCAGUGCACCAGUCGGUCACCAUGGGCGAGACAGUGAGCUUCCUCUGUGACGUGGUGGGCCGACCCCGGCCUGAGAUUACCUGGGAGAAGCAGCUGGAGGAUCGCGAGAACGUGGUCAUGCGGCCCAACCACGUGCGCGGCAACGUGGUGGUGACCAACAUCGCCCAGCUGGUCAUCUACAAUGCCCAGCUCCAGGACGCUGGCAUCUACACCUGCACGGCCCGGAACACCGCCGGGGUCCUGAGGGCGGACUUCCCCCUGUCGGUGGUCAGGGGCGGUCAGACUGCAGCCACCUCAGACAGCAGCCCCAAUGGCACGGCCUUCCCGGCGGCCGAGUGUCUGCAGCCCCCCGACAGCGAGGACUGCGGCGAAGAGCAGACCCGCUGGCACUUUGACGCCCAGGUCAACAACUGCCUUACCUUCACCUUUGGCCACUGCCACCGCAACCUCAACCACUUUGAGACCUAUGAGGCCUGCAUGCUGGCCUGCAUGAGUGGGCCGCUGGCUGUGUGCAGCCUGCCCGCCCUGCAGGGGCCCUGCAAGGCCUACGUGCCUCGCUGGGCCUACAACAGCCAGACGGGCCAGUGCCAGUCCUUUGUCUAUGGUGGCUGUGAGGGCAAUGGCAACAACUUCGAGAGCCGUGAGGCCUGCGAGGAGUCGUGCCCCUUCCCUCGGGGCAACCAGCGCUGUCGGGCCUGCAAGCCGCGGCAGAAGCUAGUGACCAGCUUCUGUCGGAGCGACUUCGUCAUCCUGGGCCGGAUCUCUGAGCUCACCGAGGAGCCCGACUCGGGCCGUGCUCUGGUGACGGUGGAUGAGGUUCUAAAGGACGAGAAGAUGGGCCUCAAGUUCCUGGGCCGGGAGCCACUGGAAGUCACUCUGCUCCACAUGGACUGGGCCUGCCCCUGCCCCAAUGUGACGGUCGGAGAGACGCCGCUCAUCAUCAUGGGCGAGGUGGACGGCGGCAUGGCCAUGCUGCAGCCCGAUAGCUUUGUGGGCCCGUCGAGCGCCCGGCGGGUCAGGAAGCUCCGUGAGGUCCUGCACAAGAAGACCUGUGAUGUCCUCAAGGAGUUCCUCGGCUUGCACUGAAGCCCCCAGUCCCUCCCUCCCCUGGCCCUCCUCCGCCCACCCGGCCCCUACUCCCCUCAGUCAGCAAAUUGGGCAAGGUCAGAUUAGACAGUGUCAGGCCAGCAGGGAAACAGCAGGCACAGUGCCCUGGGAAGCCAGCAGGGAAACAGCAGGCACAGAGCCCCGGGAAGCCAGCAGGGGUCUCAGGUCAGUGUCUACUCUUUGGGUUCAGUAAGGGGUCCACAUUGUCCUUAGCUGAGGCAGAUAGAAGUCAGUGGACACGUGUGGGUCAUCCCACCAGUCUGCUCGGGCACGCCUGUCCUUCACCAACCCUCUCCUUGGCUCUCCCGCCUCCCUGUCCCUGCUGGCUUCCCAGCCAGGGUUCUAGAGGUGGCUGCUGCAUGGUAGUCACAGAGCAGUUGACACAGGGGAGAGGUGGGGAGAGGUGAGGAGAGACAGCGGAAGACCCAGUGGUCUUCAAGAUGGAUCCUCCAGAAUCUCCCAGAUCCUUGUGAGCAGAACCCCCUUAGAAUUAGGAGCCAUGGGCGUAACGGGGGCUGAGGCGUAGUCCAAGCCAGUGCGCAGCUUGCCGGGUGCAGCCUGCUGGGCCAGGCGCCUUUGGGCGGCGAUGCUCCUGUGUGCCUGACGCCACCACUGUGGCACCAGCAGAAUACGCGUGUCUCCUUGGUGGCAUCGGUUUGUCGAUUCGGUUCCAUUCAGGCCAAUUCAAUGGACAGUCUCUAAACACGUACUAGGGUGCCGGGGACUUGGACUGCAGAGAUCCUCCCAGCCCAUGGUGCCUGGGCACCAACGCCUGACACCAGGGUCCCCCAAAAGUGGCCCCACGGCCUGCCCUCCAGCCGUGUGGUUUGGUUUGAUGGAUGGUGUGCUUUCAUAUGCAGUUGGAUUCCUUGGCUAUAAAGCAAAGAGAAGCCCAAGAUCUAUUUUGGUAGCAAGAGAAAUGGAGAGGAAAAGCAGGCAGGGAAGGGCUGGUGAAGGAAUGAGAAAGGAGGGGAGGCUGGCUGGAGAAGGAAAGGAAUGUUGCUCGAUGCUCCCACCUGGUGGUGGCCUCGGGGGCCUGCAGGGGCCUGGAGGGAAGCUCUUGGUUGUGUCAGGAAGGGUUUUCCCCAUUCAGACUUCCUGCGUGUGUGGGUCUGCCCCGCCCCCCACGACUAGACAGAGGAUUGGAAACCACACUGUCAGCUCUGCAUCUGCCCCCCACUCCCUCCUCAGCCCUUCAUUCUGUCCAGGCCCUUCCAAAGCUGGAGAAGUUCACCGUGGGGCAUCCUUGUUUCUUCCUCAAAUGUAAGGAGGAAGAUACCAAUUAAAAGCUCAUAGUA